AUGACUGAAUUCGAGACUCUGGUCAACCCUCCACAGGAGAUUUGGGAGGAAAUUGUCAAGAUAACUGGUGAAACUGAUGACUGGACAUUCCAACUUGAUGAUUAUAAGUACUGGUCAGUGAGCUACGACCAGUUCUGGUUUUUCGUCAUUUGGGAGAAAGAAACCAAAAACUUUGUUGCUUCCGUCUCAUUAGCUCGUUGGGAUGGAGACGAUGGACCACUUUUCUCUAUUGGAAUGUUCUAUUGUGUUCCAAAAUACAGAGGCACUGGCCUAGCAAAACCACUAUUCCAGAAUGUCAUGGAUAUUGUCGGGGACAACAAUGCCACGCUCACUGGGACUGUGGAGAUGAGCGAAAAAUAUGCGAGGAACUUUGGGUUCGACAAGGUCUCGCGAUAUUGGCAUUUGUCUAGUUCAUUAAAAUGCGAUGAUGUGGUGAUUCCCGAUAAAGUUUCAGGAAACUACACAACUAAAUUGUGGUCUGAUGUUGACUAUGAUUCCGUAACCGCCUAUGACCGCACGAUUUGCGUUAGAGAUAGGAAGAAGAUUAUGACCAAUUGGUUCAACUUGGAAGACACUUUUACUAGAGUGGUUUUCGAUGGUUCCGGUAAAAUUGUUGGCUACUCAACUAUCCGUCUUGUCACAAAAAACAAGCUGAACAUAGCUCCAUUCUACGCGGAUAAUAUCGAAGCCGCUGAAGUCCUUCUGAAAGAUCUCCUCAGUAUGAUCCCUAACUGGCAACAAUACGCCAGUUUUGCGUUUCUCUAUCCAGAGUGUAACACGGAUCCACUUGCACUCUUGGAGAAGUUCGCAAAGAACAAGAAAUCGGUUUCCACGGUCAAUGCUCUCAGGAGUCAGUUCACGAAGAAGUUUAUUGCAACGCCGGCACAUAAGGUUUACGCCUUGGUCGAUUGUGCUCAUCAGUUUGUUUAA